AUGGAAGUGAACAGUAACAUCGCGAACAUGAUCCAAUUCUCAAACUUGCCACGGCUGCUCCUAUCGGGGGAACGGCGAGCGUUCCAUUCCAAUAUCUUGGUGUUUACUAAUUCAUUCCUCGCGUACUCCGCGCCUCGUUAUUUGCGGCUGUUGGUCGCAUAUCCUGAUACCGCCUCGCCCCCUUUGACCAAUGCUAGCCAAGCGGGUCCGCGGCUAAUGGACGCAGCACGACCGUCAGGGCCUUAUGCGGCGCGUCUACGGUCGCACGCUCCACAUAACCGACGCGCUCUACGUCGAAACGUUUAUGGUAGCCGUAAAGAC